AUGCAACGCGGCACAUCUCCUUUUACCCCCGAAUUCGAUGAUCUCGUCCACACCCUUCUAGCCACAUGGCACGUUCCAGGCACAUCGAUCGCCAUCAUCGAUGGACCGGAUACAUUCACCAAGGGCUACGGCAUAUCCAAAUAUCCCAACACACCCGCCACCCCACAAACCCUCUACUACACAGCCAGCACCACCAAAUCCUUCACAGCAGCAGCCCUAUCCCUCCUCAUUGACGACAAGUCUCAACCCCUAACCUGGACAACACCGCUUUCAAGCAUAAUCCGCUCCGACUUCGUCCUUCCAGACGCCUACGCCACCGAACAUAUCACCCUGGAAGACGCCCUCUCCCACCGAACAGGCCUCCCAGAACACUCAUACCAUUUCCGGCCCGACAACUCAUCCACCCCCAAAGACGAGGUAAGAAGGCUCCGCCAUCUACCCAUGACCGCCGCGAUCCGGACGAAAUACAUGUACAACAGUUUCAUGUACACGGCUGUGUCGCACGCGAUUGAAACCCUCACCGGGCGUGACUUGGGGGUCUUCCUCCGAGAAAGAAUCUGGGGUCCACUACACAUGGACGCUACGUAUUGGACGCUCCGGGAUGCGGUGGAUAGUAGGCCGGAUGAGUUAGCUGGGGCGUAUGUCUGGGAUACCUCUUCUUCUUCUUCUGGGUUCGUCGGGAUAGACCACCCCGAGUAUACAGAGUUAUCGGGGGCCGGGUGUAUGAUCAGCAGUGUAGAGGAUUAUGCGAAGUGGGUUCGGUGCAUGAUGGAUCAGAGCAGGCCAUUGAGCAGGGACGGACAUGCCGCGCUGGUGGAGCCGCGGGUAGUGACGAUGACCGGGGCGACGAAUCCGUUCCCCGGGCCGCAUCUGUAUGCGCUGGGGUGGCGGGUGGAUUCCUAUCGGGGGGAGAAGGUUGUGUGGCAUACGGGGAGUAUUGGGGGGUUUGGGUCGGUGAUGAUGUUUCUCCCUGGGCGGGACUGGGGACUGGUUAUGAUGGGGAAUUCGACGGUGACGAGUAAUCAGAUGCAGCAGGUUUUGUAUAUGGAUUUGUUAGAUGGGUUGUUGGGGACGCCGGUUGGGGAACGGGUGGAUUGGGGAGCGGUUAUUAGGGAGAAGCAGGAGAGGCGGAGGGAGGAGUUGGCGUGUGUGAGGCAUCGCCUGUAUCCGCGUUUGCCUUGUCCGGUUUUGAGGCCGGCGUUGGAGGUUACGGAGUAUGCGGGGGGUUAUUGGCAUCCCGGAUAUGGGGCUAUGGAUUUGAGCCUGGAUGUGGAGGGGAAGGGGCUCGUUGCUGAUCGGCGGAGUCAGGAGUUUAGCAUGAUGAUUGCGUUGGAGCAUGUUAGUGGGGAGUUUUGGUUGGCGAGGUUGCAGGAGAAGUAUAAAGAUCCUCGUGAUCAUGAGGUUGUUCGUGCUGAGUUCAGACUUGGUCCGGAGGGAGUGAGAGAAGUUGGUAUCGAUCUGGAGCCGACGAUGGAUGGGGAGUUGAUCUGGUUUCGCAGGGUGAAUUGA